AUGGAGCCUGUUCACCUUCCAAACUUCAUGAAAGACAACCAAGUUAGUCAAGAAACCAAGAACUUGAUCUCUUCCUUACCUUCAGACAAAGAUUUUACUGGUAAUGGUCUCUAUAACCACAAAGGUUGUUGGUACUAUCCAAACAUACUCCAAGCCGUUCUUGACGUCCAAAAACAUUUCAAGCCACGAGAUACUGAUAUAAUCAUUGCUUCUAUGCCCAAAGGUGGAACCACUUGGCUCAAAUCCCUAGUUUUCGCUGUUGUGCAUCAAGAUGAAUACCGUGAAAACCCCCAAAUCCAUCCUUUGCUUUCACAAAACCCUCAUGACCUUGUCCCAUUUCUUGAGAUUGAGUUAUAUGCUAAUAGCCAAACUCCAAAUCUCACAAAAUUUCCUUCUCCUAUGAUCUUUUCUACCCAUAUGCACUUACAAGCAUUGCGUGAGGCCACCAAAAAGGCUUCCCACCUUGCAAAAUCGUGUAUGUGUGUAGAGGUAUCAAAGACACGUUUAUUUCCGGUUGGCAUUUUAGAAGCAUGUUAG